AACAGAAUGUCCAUUUUUUGAUGAGAGCAGUUUGAAGAUGAACCACGUGGAUCACAUUCCUCAGACGCUGGCCAGCCACAGUCCCGUCCCGGCAGAGUCUCGCAGCCGCAGCCAACACGGCGCCGAUAUGCUGCAACCAGACCCCCGCGACACGUUCUUCAACAUUCCCAUGAUUGACCCCGCUCGUCUUGAGAACGUGUUGCCCGCCUGUCUGUACUCCCCGACAUACGUGGUCAAAGACUUCCCCAUCGCCCGCUAUCAGGGACUUCAAUUUGUGAGUUAA